AUGGAUAAGAAAUCGAAGGAUGGCAUUAAGGUGCGGAGAGACAUGCAACACAUGAAGAUUCGACCUCAUUUAUGGCCAAAGCUUAAGGAAAAGACCAGAAAGGGGAAAGUUCCUAAGGGCUACUCAUCGAAUAUAAGAAAGCUUGUGUGCAUGACUGAAUUGAAAUUACAUGCAAUGAAAUCCCAUGAUUGUCAUGUCAUGAUGCAAGUAUUGUUGCCCAUUGCAAUUCGUGGGAUUUUGCCUAAGCAUGUAAGAGAUGCCAUCACGAGACUUUGUUCGUUUUUCAAUACAAUAUGCAACAAGGUACUUGAUGCGGAGGAAUUAGACAAACUACAAGCUAAUGUAGUUGUAACACUGUGCCAGUUUGAGAUGUAUUUUCCGCCUUCGUUUUUCGACAUAAUGGUUCAUUUAGUUGUCCAUCUUGUUCGAGAAAUCAAGCUUUGUGGUCCAGUGUUCAUGAGAUGGGCUUAUCCUUUUGAAAGGCAUAUGGGGUGCAUGCAGAGAAAGGUGAGGAAUCCCGCACGACCAGAAGCAAGUAUGAUUCAAGGAACUGUGUUGGCGGAGAUUGGUGCGUUUAUUGCUGAAUAUAUGUCUAGAGCUGAACCAAUCGGACUUCCUAAAUCUCGACAUGAGGGGAGACUUGAAGGCAAAGGCACAAUUGGUGCUAAAGAUAUCAGUGCUCCAUUAGAGAAACAGAUGCAAGCCCACUUAUGUGUGCUGCAACAACUCACAGAGGUUAGUCCGUACUUAGAAAAGCAUAUGCAGGAGUUAAGAGCUCGAAAUCCGACUAAAACAGAACGUGCCUUGGUGUUGGAACAUAAUCGUACUUUCAGUGAUUGGUUUCAAAAUAAAGUGAUGGCUGAGUUGGAUGUUAAAGGCCACAAAAUCUCCAAUAUGAUAAAAUGGCUAGCAUAUGGUCCACAAGAUACUUUGCACUCAUAUGAAGGGUAUGACAUCAAUGGAUAUGCCUUCCAUACGCUACAUCAAGAAAAAAAGUCAAGGUCUACGCAAAAUAGUGGUGUUACAAUGGUUGCUUCUUCUAGAUAUUAUGCAAGUGCUAAAGAUAAGAAUCCAAUUGAUGCAACCCAUCCAUAUUAUGGGGUCAUUCAGGAAAUAUGGGUGCUUGAUUAUAGUGAAAAAAUAAAGGUACCACUUUUUCAAUGCAAGUGGGCAGAGAAUAGUCGGCGCGGUGUUAAGCUUGUUGACAAUAAUAUGACUAUAAUCAAUAUGACACGGUUGCGCGACACUUCAGAGCCAUUCAUACUCGCAUCCCAAGCAAAGCAAGUUUUCUACAUAAGAGACAAUGUCGAUCAUGAUUGGUCUGUUGUUGUUAAAGGGAAGAGAUAUAUUCUUGGUGUUGGUGAUGUCGAUGAUGAAGAAGAGUACGAUCAGUUUGAUGACUCACCACCGUUCUCAAUUUCAGAGAGCGAUGUGCUUGAUGGAACGGAUAAUGAUACCAAUUAUAUGCGCUUAGAUCAUACAAAAGGCAUAACUGUUGAUGAACCUUGA